AUGGAGAAGAGUCGCCCGGGCUCGCAGGGUCCCUCGAGGGUCCUGCUCCUGCUCCUGCUCCUGCUCCUGCUGCGCGGCACGGCCCGGGCGCAGGCAGCCGAGCCGGUGGACGUGCUGCGGGCGCUGGGGGUGCAGGACGGCAGGGACGGCGUCUCCAUCGCGGCCGGGAUCUGCACCCAGCGGCGCGGGGCCGAGGAGAGCGACUUCGCCUUCCGCCUGGAGAACAGCACCCAGCUCAGCGCCCCCACCCGCCAGCUCUUCCCAGAUGGCUCCUUCCCCGAGGAUUUCUCCAUCCUGGCGACGCUGCGGGCCCGGCGGGGCAGCCAGGCCUUCCUGCUGUCGCUGUACGACGAGCGCGGGGUGCAGCAGCUGGGCGUGGAGAUCGGCCGUUCGCCCGUCUUCCUUUACGAGGACCAGGCCGGGCAGCCGGCGCCGGAGAGAUACCCGCUCUUCAGCAGGGUCAGCCUGGCCGAUGGCAAGUGGCACCGCGUGGCGCUGAGCGUGGAGGGCACCAACGUGUCGCUGCUGGUGGAUUGCGAGGCGCCCGUGACGCUGCCUCUGGAGCGUGGGCCCCGGCCCGUCGUCAGCACCGCAGGCGUCACCCUGCUGGGGACCCGGCUGCUGGACGAGGAGGUGUUCCAGGGCGAUGUCCAGCAGCUGCUGAUCUCUCCGGACCCCCGGGCAGCGCUGCACUACUGCGAGACCUACAUGCCCGGGUGCGACGUGCCGCUGCCCUACGGCCUGCUGGGCCUGUACCCCAAGGAGAGCGGGCCGGAGCCCACGGCUGCCCCCGCCCGGAGGAAGGGCAGGAAGGGCAAACGCAGGGGCAAAGGCAAGAAGAAGAGGAACAAGGAGCAGGCGGAGCAGCAGGACACCGCGCCCACCGUGGGGCCGGGCCAGGCCCCGACCCAAGCAGCUCCUGCACUGGAGGCGACCCCGUCUGGGGAGGAGCACGUCACCCCGCUGCCUGGGACCGCCCCUGCCAGCACUGUGACCAUCAGCCUGAACCUGCCCGAGGCCUACGAGGACCUGGGAGAGGAGCACGGGAUCUGGACGGACGGGGACCCCAGGGCCAACAGCACCGAACCCCCCGACUACGCCCUGAGGGAGUAUGAGGAGUACGAGGACGGGGAGCCCCCGGGCCAUGACGCCAGCCUGGAGCGCUACGGCCCAGCCGAGCGACGGGGAACCCUGGGCCAGGCCACCCGGGGAGCCGGCCAGAAGGGGGAGAAGGGGGAGCCGGGCGCCAUCGAUCCCGGCCGGCGAUUCGACGGGCCGCCGGGAGCCCCGGGCCCAGCGGGCGAGAUGGGCCCCCCAGGACCGGUGGGGCCGGCGGGGCUGCCGGGGGAGCCUGGCGAGCAGGGCCCUGCGGGGCGGCCGGGGCUGCCGGGAGCCGACGGGGGACGGGGGCCUCCGGGGACCAUGAUCAUGCUGCCGUUCCAGUUCGGCGGCGACUCGCCCAAGGGCCCCACCGUGUCCUUCCAGGAGGCGCAGGCACAGGCCGUCCUGCAGCAGGCCAAGCUCUCCAUGAAGGGACCCCCGGGCCCCAUGGGCUUGACCGGCCGGCCGGGCCCCCUGGGUCUCCCUGGAAAUCCCGGCCUGAAAGGGGACUCGGGAGACAUGGGGCCACAGGGUCCGCGGGGGAUGCAGGGCCCAGCCGGCCCGCCAGGGAAAGGGGGCAAACGGGGUCGCUCUGGGGCGGACGGUGCCAGGGGCCUCCCGGGGGACACCGGACCCAAGGGCGACAGGGGCUUCGAUGGGCUGCCGGGGCUGCCGGGCGAGAAGGGUCACAAGGGGGACGUGGGGAAGCUGGGCCCCCCGGGCCCCCCAGGAGAGAACGGAGCCAAGGGCUCGGGCGGCCUGCCAGGACCCAGGGGGCAGUCCGGGGAGCCCGGCGUGAGCGGCAUGGACGGCGCGUCUGGGCCCAAGGGCAACGUGGGGAUCCAGGGGGAGCCGGGCCCCCCCGGGCAGCAGGGGACCCCGGGACCCCAGGGCCUGCCUGGCCCCCAGGGGCCCGUCGGGAUGCCGGGGGAGAAGGGCCCACCAGGGAAGCGGGGCAUGCAGGGCGUGGCUGGCGCCGACGGCCCCCCCGGUCACCCGGGCAGAGAGGGGCCGGCGGGGGAGAAAGGGCUCCAGGGCCCAGCCGGCGCCGUGGGACCCGUUGGCUACCCAGGCCCCCGCGGGGUCAAGGGGGCCUUCGGAGCCAGGGGCCUGAAGGGAAGCAAAGGGGAGAAGGGAGAAGACGGAUUCCCCGGCUUCAAGGGUGACAUGGGCCACAAGGGCGACAGGGGCAACGUGGGGCCGCUGGGGCCACGGGGGGAGGACGGCCCCGAGGGGCUGAAGGGCCAGCUGGGCCCCGUGGGGGAGGCGGGCGCCUCCGGCCUGGCGGGGGAGAAGGGGAAGCUGGGCGUGCCAGGCCUGCCGGGCUACCCGGGGCGCCAGGGCCCCAAGGGCUCUGCCGGCUUCCCGGGCCCCCUGGGGCUCGCCGGGGAGAAAGGAAAGAGGGGCAAGGCUGGCCAGGCUGGGCAGGCAGGACAGCGUGGACCUCCGGGCCUGCCAGGGGAGCGAGGCCAGACGGGACCGACAGGGAAGCCUGGCCCGAAGGGCGACACCAGCCAUGACGGGGCCCCCGGAGCCGGGGGGGAGAAGGGCCCCCAGGGGCCGCAGGGCCCCAACGGUUUCCGAGGCCCGAAGGGGCCACCCGGCCCGGCCGGGAAGGACGGGCUGCCCGGACACCCAGGACAGCGCGGGGAGCCGGGAUACCACGGCAAGACCGGCUUCCCCGGCCCCACGGGGGUGGUGGGACCCCAGGGGAGCUCGGGCGAGACGGGCCCCAUUGGAGAGCGGGGGCAUCCGGGCCCCCCUGGCCCCCCUGGGGAGCAGGGGCUGCCAGGGGCUGCCGGCCGGGAAGGGGCCAAGGGCGACCCUGGCCUGGCUGGCCUGCCUGGGAAGAGCGGCCCCCCGGGAAUCCCUGGUUUUCCUGGCGCCAGGGCUGCGCCUGGCGAGGCGGGGCCGGCCGGCCUGAAGGGCAGGGAGGGGCCUCCCGGGCCCCCGGGCCCCACAGGCUCCCCCGGCGAGCGAGGCCCCUCGGGGGCAGCUGGAGGCAUCGGGCUGCCAGGCCAUGGGGGGGAGCAGGGCACCCCCGGUCCCGCUGGGGAGAAGGGCGCCCCGGGCGAGAGGGGCCCGAUGGGCCCUGCCGGGCGUGAUGGGAUCGAAGGGCCCAGGGGCCUGCCAGGCCCAGCCGGACCCCCGGGCCCCGCGGGCGAGGACGGCGACAAGGGGGAGCUGGGGGGCCCCGGACAGAAAGGGAGCAAGGGGGACAAGGGCGAGGCGGGCCCACCGGGACCGACUGGUAUCCAGGGACCCAUCGGGCACCCCGGCUCCGCGGGAGUGGACGGAGAGCCCGGCCGCCGUGGGCAGCAGGGGAUGUUUGGCCAGAAGGGAGACGAGGGGGCGCGGGGAUUCCUUGGCUUGAGCGGCCCUGUCGGACUGCAGGGCAUGCCGGGCCCACAGGGCGAGAAGGGUGAGAGCGGAGAUGUCGGCCCCAUGGGCCCCCCCGGCGCUGCGGGGCCACGUGGGGCGCAGGGACCUGCAGGCGGCGAUGGCCCCCAGGGGAUGCCAGGUGGAACGGGUCAGCCGGGCGCCGUCGGGGACAAGGGGGAGCCGGGCGAGGCGGGAGACCCCGGGGCCCAAGGGGAGCUGGGCCGGCCGGGCAUGAAUGGGGAGCUGGGGGAGAAGGGGGAUUCCGGGCUGUCGGGCGCCGCUGGGGCCCCAGGCAAGAGGGGGCCCCCAGGAGAGGACGGAGCCAAAGGCAACCUGGGCCCCAUCGGCUUCCCUGGCGACCCAGGCCCCCCUGGAGACCCUGGGGUGCCGGGCCUGGACGGAGCCCCCGGGGAGAAGGGUGACGGCGGGGACCCCGGCAUGCCGGGCCCAGCAGGUGCUUCUGGGGAACCGGGUCCCCCCGGUCCCCCAGGGAAGAGGGGUGCGGUGGGGCCAGCUGGGCGCGAGGGUCGGCCGGGCGAGAAGGGCGCCAAGGGCGAGCCGGGCACCGAGGGACCUCCCGGGAAGAUGGGCCCCGUGGGGGUGCAGGGCCCCCCCGGCCGGCCUGGCUCAGAAGGUCUGCGCGGGAUCCCCGGUGCAGCCGGGGAGCAGGGCCUGUUGGGGGCCCCGGGGCAGGCAGGGCCGCCGGGCCCCACGGGCCCCACAGGUUUGCCCGGCCUCAAGGGAGACCCCGGCUACAAGGGUGACAAGGGUCACGCAGGGCUCAUCGGGCUCAUCGGCCCCCCAGGGGAGAUGGGGGAGAAGGGCGACCAGGGGCUGCCUGGCAACCAGGGGGUCCCAGGGCCCAAAGGAGACCCUGGCUUGGCCGGCCCCAUUGGCCCCCCAGGACCCCCUGGAUCCCCUGGGCUCGCGGGGCCGCUGGGCCAGAAGGGCUCCAAGGGGUCGCCGGGAGCCCUGGGCCCCAGAGGAGACACAGGACCCCCUGGAUCCCCAGGGCCACCGGGCCGCCCGGCGGAGCUGCGGGAGCCGCUGCCCAUGGAGGGGGUCCGGAAGAGGCUCCGGGAGGUGGAGGGGGAGCAGGGGGACCAGGCGGGGCCCCCCGACUCCGUGCCCGAGGGGCUGGAGGAGGUGUUCGCCUCGCUCAGCUCCCUGCGCACCGAGGUCGAGCAGCUGAGACGCCCCCUGGGUACCCCCGAGAGCCCAGCCCGCGUCUGCAAGGAGCUGCAGCUGUGUCACCCCCACUUCCCCGACGGCGAGUACUGGAUCGACCCCAACCAGGGCUGCGCCCGAGACGCCUUCAAGGUUUUCUGCAACUUCACAGCGGGCGGCGAGACCUGCCUGUUCCCAGACAAGAGAUUCCAGAGUGUGCGACUGGCUGCCUGGAGCAAGGAGAAGCCGGGGAGCUGGUUCAGCACCUUCAGGAGGGGCAGGAAGUUCUCCUACGUGGACGCGGACGGGAACCCGCUGGGCGUGACCCAACUGACCUUCCUGCGGCUGCUGAGUGCCGGCGCCCGCCAGAACUUCACGCUCAGCUGCCAGGACUCGGCCGCCUGGUUCCACGCCGGGGCCGCCAGCUACGCCCAGGCCCUGCGCUUCCGGGGGGCCGACGGCCAGGAGCUGGGGCACGACCACCCCGCGGCCCCCAUCCGCGCCCUGCACGACGGCUGCCAGCUGCGCCAGGGCCAGGCGCGCACGGUGCUGGAGGUGAGAUCGUCCCACCCAGAGCCGCUGCCCCUGGCCGACGUGGCCGUGCCGGACUUCGGAGCCGCCAACCAGAAAUUUGGCUUCGAGCUGGGACCCGUCUGCUUCAUGGGCUGA